AUGACGAAGGAUAACCAAAACAAAAAGGCUACCAAGAUUCCCGUCUCACGUAAACAGAGAGACGUCCACCUCUUUGAGACCUCCCAAUUCAAAGAGGAUCUCAGGCGGUCCAUCAGCAAGAAUUUCAAAAAGACCUACCCUCAGGGAAUGAAGGAGGAAACCACGUUACCUCUCGAUCAACUUCUGGCACCAUGCAAGAAAACUCGCGGGAAGAAGGGUAGAAUCACCCGACCCCAAAAUGCUUUCAUACUGUACAGGAAAGAUGUACAGGCAAAAAUCAAGAGAGACAAUCCUAAUGCGAAAUUCGAACAGGUAUCCAAGAUAGUCGGCGAGCUGUGGAAGAAAGAAACCAACCCACGAAAAAACAACUACAUUCUAUUAUCGAAUCUCUGCAGUCUCGUGCACCAAGACCUCUUUCCGAAUUAUAAAUUCAAACCACGAUCGAAAGAUAAUGGAGAACAAGAAACGAAUUCCACCACACCCGAGGACGAAGAGGAGUUGAGAGAGACAGUUGAAGAGAGAACGUAUGAACAAGUUUCUCAACUGACCUCGGUCGAACAUCUUUCGUCCUCAUUCGACAUCAACACAAUCGCUACCGCUCAGUAUAGCUGCCGCACGGAUAACGCAGAAUCGGUGCAAGCAGCGGUUGAAUUAUCCGAAUCGUCAUUCCCUAUCAUGGGAAUGCCCGUGUACGGUGAAGAUUCCACGUUGCAAGAAAACGUGCCGGUGAAUGACUAUUAUGACGAGGCCGGAGAGAAUCCUCUGGAAUUCCAAACAUUGGAUUUCGGAGAUCUCUUGAAUCAACAAAGUUUUUACGUGGCGCCUCGAUACGAUUCCGGUUUUUAUUCCUCGCCGGGCGACGCACAAGAAUACGAUUACUCGGUCACCGACUUUCCGACAAUCCCGUCUACAUUUGUGGACACAAACACAAACGCCGCUUCUCUACCAUUUUCGUACGACACAUCCGUUAACGGAAUGCCACGGAAUGUUCAGCAACCCUACGAUAUAGGAUUCCUUGGACACUGUGAGGAAGAUCAAAUUAUAAGAAUAUUUUCGAACGCGCAACACCCCUAA